AUGACAGCAAGAGAAUACGGGGUAUGUGAAGGUGAUGCAGAUGCAUCGUUGGAGUCUUUUACAAGCCAGGGAAGGGGAAAAGAAAAUGAGCAAGAAGAGAGAGUGCUGAAGAAUGCAGAGACAGGAAACAAGAUGGCAAAGGUGAAGGUAGAGGAGCCAGAUGCGGAGGAAGAUCUGACAGCGGGAGAGGAGCUAGAGAAGGAGGAAUCGGAUGAGUUGUUUAUGGACAUUGAGAUACAGGAGAACAAGGUGAAGGUAGAGGAGCCAGAAGCAGAGGAAGAUCUGACGGAAGGAGAGGAGCUAGAGAAGGAGGAAUUGGAUGAGUUGUUUGUGGACAUUGAGAUACAGGAGAACAAGGUGAAGGUAGAGGAGCCAGAAGCAGAGGAAGGUCAGACGGAGGGAGAGGAGCUAGAGAGGGAGGAAUCGGAUGAGUUGAUUGUGGACAUUGAGAUAGAGGAGAACAAGGUGAAGAAAGAGGAGAUAGAGGAGGAGGCUUGA